AUGACGGGAGUAGCAUCAGAGCAAGAGGUGCAGGAGGCGGGGGAGCAACCGGUGGAAGUCUCGCGUAACGUGGAAGAAGCGGAAGCGGGGGAAAAAUCAGGAGGAAGCGCGGCUCCGGUGGAAGAGGCGGAAGCGGGGGGAGAAUCCGAGGGAAGCGCGGAUCGGGCGGAUGAUGAGGGGGCUUUGUUAGGCGGUGAGGGGAAAGGAGGGGCGGAAAACGGGGAGGAUGAUGGGGACAAGGGGGUGGAGGAGAGGAGUGGGGAGGAGGAAGAAGUUGAGGAUGCUUUAGAUGGGGAAGAUGCGGAAGCAGUGGCGGAAGUAGAGGCGGAAGCGGAGGCGGAAGGAGAGGCGGAAGAAGAGGCGGAAGGAGAGGCGGAAGGAGAGGCGGAAGGAGAUGCGGAAGGAGAGGCGGAAGGAGAGGCGGAAGGAGAGGCGGAAGUGGAGGCGGAAGGAGAGGCGAAAGGAGAGGCGGAAGAAGAGGCGGAAGGAGAGGCGGAAGCAGUGGCGGAAGGAGAGGCGGAAGAAGAGGCGGAAGAAGAGGCGGAAGGAGAGGCGGAAGGAGAGGCGGAAGCAGUGGCGGAAGGAGAGGCGGAAGAAGAGGCGGAAGAAGAGGCGGAAGGAGAGGCGGAAGGAGAGGCGGAAGCAGUGGCGGAAGCAGAGGCGGAAGGAGAGGCGGAAGAAGAGGCGGAAGCAGGGGCGGAAGGAGAGGCGGAAGAAGAGGCGGAAGCAGAGGCGGAAGAAGAGGCGGAAGCAGAGGGGGACGCAGAGGCGGAAGCAGAGGGGGAAGGAGAGGACACAGGAGAGGAGGAAAGACCGAAUGAAGGAGGGGAAAGCGAGGAGGAAGAUGAGGAGAUGGAGGGGGAAGAGGGGGAGGACGGAGCAGAAGGGGAAGAGAGAGAGGAGGAGGACGGAGAGGAGGGGGAAGAGGGAGAGGAAGAGGAGGGCGAGGAAGAGGAGAGGGAGGAGGGCGAGGAGGGAGAGGAGGAAGAGGAAGAGGAGAGGGAGGAGGGGGAGGAGGGCGAGGAGGGCGAGGAGGGGGAGGAGGGCGAGGAGGGGGAGGAAGGGGAGGAAGAGUAUAUGCCUGCUAAAGCUAAACCGCCCCCUCAAAAACCCGGCGCUGGUGCUGACGUGGCAAGGGGCAAGACUGACAUGAGGAACGUUCUAGAUCCCAAGAGACAUUAUCGAUCGGCAGACUCUAAGAAGCUUCCGACACACUUUCAGAUAGGCACAGUGGUGGAGGGAGCAGCAGAUUUCUACAGUAGCAGGCUGACGAGGAGGGAGAGGAAGCAGAGCUUUGCAGCAGAGCUGUUGCAUGAUGAGGACUUGAAGAAAUACAGGCGCCUCAAAAAUCGCCUCAACAGGCGCCUCAAAAAUCAUCCCCCCAAUGCUCCUCCCAAUCGGCCGGUCGGGAGCGACGACGAGGUGGAAGAGUGGCGGGCUGGUGAUUCCGACAACGACGGAGGUGAAAAUGCGCAUGGUGACAACGCGGAGGCAGCGGCGGAUGCACAGGAAGCGGCGGUGGAUGCGAAUGAGGAGGCUGACGACGAGGGGGGGGCGGAACUUGAGACAGUUGCGCCUGCGGAUGCGGCCGCAAUCGCGGAUGCGGAUGCUGUGGCGGAGUCGGACAAGGUUGCUACGGAUGCCGUCUUAUUUGACGAGGAAGGCGGCGACGACGACCCAUGGAGCCUUGGGACCGACGACGAUGUUCCGCUACUGAAGCGGAGGCUGCGCCAUCGCCUACGGUCCAAGUCGAAGCGGGCCCGCGUGGUGCUCUCUGACGACGACGGUCCAGGGGAGGAGCGUCGCCCGAUACUCACCGCUGUGGAGAAGGGGAAAGCCAAGGUUGCGGAAGCCCCUGCUAAGGCCCCUGCUUAG